AAAUCUUGUUGGGAGAUCAGACUCCGGAAAAGCGGUGCCACGUCAGAGAAAUAAAAGUAGUUGGAAGCUGAGGCAGUGGUGAGGAUUGCAUUGCAGCAAUGGCCACCACAUUUGCAUCCUCAUCUCCAAGAAUUGCAACCUUCCUCUCUUCUUCUUCUUCUUCUUCUUCUACUCUUAGAACUACUACCCCUCUUCCAUCUCUCCAAUUUACCUCCCCAUCCAAAAAGUUAAUCCUUUUUCACAACCCAGUACUUCAAAAACAUAGCAGAUUCCGACCCAUUCUUCUUCCUCCUCCUCCUGCUGCUGCUGCCGAAGAUGCGGUGGAUGCUGCGGAGCAAUUGUACAAAACCACCGAUCAAGGGGUGGCCACAGUCGUAUCCGCUCUUUUCUUUAUUGCUUUCGUUGGCCUAUCCGCUAUCACUAUUGGGGUUGUCUAUCUAGCAGUGACAGAUUUCCUGCAGAAGAGAGAAACAGACAAGUUUGAGAAAGAAGAAGCUGCUAAGGGCAAGAAUAAGAAUAAGAAGAAGAAGAAGGUGGGCAGAGCCAGGGCAGGUCCUAGAGGAUUUGGCCAAAAAGUUGUUGAAGACGACGAUGAUUAGGAUAAUCCAUUUCAGGUCUUUUCUUUUUUUCUUUUUUUUGUCUUUUCCGUGGUUAGCAAGUUGCUAUUCCUUAGUCCUCACAUUCAUUCACAGUGUGAUUUUGAGUUUCCAAAACAAAACAUGUUUUAACGGCGGAAAGCGAGUAAUUUAUCUUGUUGGACUAUAAAUUCAUUGCAACAUACAAUUUCAGGAAAUGUUGAAUGAACCUCACAAUUUAUCGGAACUGCCAUGCCUACGCUGCCGUUAUUGUUCAUUAUUGGGUUUUUGUUUGAAUUGUGAACCAUGGGCGAUUCCUGGUUAUACUAUACAUUUAUUCUAUGCA